UGUAUAGCAUUCUUUCACCAAAUACAUACAUUGCAUAUAUAUAUAGUUAGCCACCAAGAUCUCCUAUUAUAUAAACCAACCUUGGAGAGGGCUAUAGCUCAUCAACAACAACAAAAUAAUUCAAAGAACUCAUCGUUAAGAUAUGGAGCACGUCUCGAGAAAGUUGGUUUUUUUCGUCGUCCUCAUAGUUUUCUCUGCUGGUGCUACGAGGAUUGGAGCAGAAGAAGUUACCGGCGUUAACAACGCCGUCGCCGUCGAGGCGCAGAAGCCGCCGGCUACGUGCAAGGUUCCAUGCCAAGGACCGAGGUGCCGUUGUCUUUUCGGGAUUUGUGUUUGCACCCGUGGCCCGCCUCCGGCACCUUCCCAAUCACCUUAACAAAUUUGAAGAUUCAUGUGUUCUGGAAAUUUUGGCCAAAUUGAGUCAAAUCUAUCCCAUUUUGUUUUGAAAUUGAAGUUAUUACUUUUUUAUUUCGAUUCCUUGGUUCCUCUUUAAAAGUAAGAAAAUAGCGGAGCAAAUUGAAAUUGGAUGAAUUCAUGUUCAUCAUCGUUGUCCA